UUAUUGUUAAAAAAGUGGCAAAAGAGGGAUAUCCAAUUCCAUCAAAAGCAUCGUGGAAGCGGAGAGCCGUUGAAACCUGAGGAUAUAUAAGAGAGUCAAAGCAAGAAGAAAAAGAAAGACGAGCCCUCUCCGAUCAAAGGGCUAGAAAUACUUGCACAAGAGAUCUUAGUUGGUCACCUGAAGCCUGCUUGAAGAUUUUGGAUUCCUGUUAAUUUCCAGAUGGCGGCAAUAGGAGAGGGCGUGGCCACCCAUGUCGCGGAAUCAUUGGUAGAUAAAGCAAUGAAGGAACUCAAAUACUUGUGUUGUUACAAGACAUAUGUCGAUGACUUUGAAGAGGAGAAGACGAGUUUGAGUGCAAAAAGAAACACAGUGCUUAAGAAUAUUAAAGAAGCCAACCACAGAAAUGAGAAUCAGGUUGAAGAUGAGGUUGAACUGUGGUUAGGCAGAGCCAAAGAUCUCAUAGAAGAAGACACAAAAGGAAAGAAGAAAUGGUUUGAUUUGGUCACUAAUUGCUUUUGGCAGUACAAGCGAGGCAAGGAGCUGCAAGGGAAGACGCAAAAGAUUAAACAGCUACUGUUGGAACAGAGUAACUUCUCUCGUGUUGCUCGUUCAACUGGGCUUCCAGGCAUCGAGUUCUAUUCUUCUCCAAAUUUUAUGACUUUCGAGGAUAGAAAGUUGAUCUCUGAGGAGCUGAAGGAGAAGUUGAAGGAGGCAUUGAAAGAUGACAAUAGGUUUAUGAUUGGAUUGUAUGGGCUAGGCGGAACAGGGAAAACCACAAUGGCAAUAGAAGUAGGUAAAGAUGUUGAGGAAUCAAAGUUGUUUGAUAAAGUCAUCUUCAGUGUUGUCUCAAAGGAUGCAAACUUGAAAAAUAUUCGGGACAACAUUGCAAAACACUUAGAUCUGUCUUUAACAGAAGGAAUGGAUGAAUCUGGACAAGCACAAAAAUUAUGGAAAACAAUAGCAGAAGGUGGAAAAAAGGUACUUAUAAUAUUAGAUGACAUGUGGGAAAAACUUACACUGCGAGAUAUAGGGAUUCCUCUUGGCCGCCAUGGCAAGGGUUGUUGUGCUGUUUUGUUGACCACACGUGAUCGAAGAGUUUGUAUAGAUAUGGACUGCAAUGAGCCUAGUCAACUUGAGGUCCUGAAAGAAAAGGACGCGGUUGAUCUUUUCCUAACUUAUGCUGGCAUGAGCAUAGAUGGUCCUUCCAAUCAUUUGAAGGAUGUGGCUAGAGAUAUUGUGAAGGAGUGUGGAAGUUUACCGAUUGCAAUUGUAGCAGUGGCAAGUGCACUAAAGUCUAGGCCUUUACGAGAAUGGCAGGAUAGUUUGAAAAGAUUGCAGAAUCAUGAGGGAAUUCACGAUGUUAAAGAAGAGUUAAAACAGGCUUAUAACUCUUUGAGAUUAAGCUAUGAUUAUCUCAAGAAUGAAAAGGCCAAACAACUCUUUCUUCUCUGCUCUCUCUUCCCUGAAGAUUAUGAAAUACCUAUAGAAUUUUUAACUAGAAUUGCUAUAGGUCUUGGGCUUUGUGGAGAAGCAAACAAAUACUCUGUUGCAAGAAGUUAUUUCACUCCAAUUAAAAAUGUGCUCAUAGAUUCUUGUUUAUUAUUAAAGGUUGAGAAUGAGUGUGUCAAAAUGCAUGACUUGGUUCGGGAGGUAGCUCUAUGGAUUGGAAACAAACAGGUUCAAGUGGGCUUUAAUUCUAACUCAGCUUUAAUGGAAAACAUCCAAUAUUCAUCUUGGAACAUAGUUGACUUUCCGAAUCAUUUUGAUGGCAAAAAACUUGAGGUUCUUUUGCUUUGGAUAAAUGAUGCAAAUUCUCCUAGGGUCAAAGCUCCCGAUGCUCCCUUUGAAGGGAUGGAGAACCUUAAGAUUUUGGCUUUAAUGAGUUCGUCAUAUUUGGAAACUUUAGCUGCUUCCUUAUUUCAAUCACCUUUGUCAUUGACAAAUGUUCGAACUUUAGCUAUAAAGAAUUUUAAGUCAUUAGGAGAUAUAUCUAUUUUGGUAAAUCUAAAAAACCUUGAGAGCCUUGAAUUGAACAAAUGUUCAAUUACUGAAUUGCCAAAUAAAAUUAAAGAACUUGAAAGAUUGAGAUUGUUGGAGAUGGUAGACUGUUCUAUUACUGAAAGAAGUAAUCCUUUUGAAGUGAUUGGAAAUUGCUCACAGUUAGAGGAGUUGUAUUAUGUGUCAAAUCAAGUGGCCGGUUAUUUUGGGCAAAUCACCACACUUCCUACAUUGCAAAAGUAUCAUAUAAGGGGUUGGCAUCAUUUUGAUUUUUAUAAAGUGGAUUUUUCAGUAUCUAGAUAUUUUGAUUCACGGGACUUAAGAGUAGACUUCUCCAAGGAAAUAUUUAAACUCCUGGUGGCGGGAGCAGAAAUUUUGAUGUUAGGAGAAGAUUACUACAAUAGAGGAUGGACAAAUAUUGUUCCUGACAUAUUAUCUGUGGAAGAUGACAGCAUGAAAGAUCAAUUAACCAGGCUCUCUUUGCAUUCUAUGAAUGAGAUAAAGUGCCUAAUCCAUACCGAGAAUCUCCGACCUAAUGUGGCUAUCUUCUCCAAGUUGGUUGAACUGAAGCUUAAGUCUGUGGGUGUGAGAGAACUAUGCCAUGGGACUUAUCCUGUUGACUUUUUGAAGCAAUUGAAGAAGCUGCAGUUAUCUAGAUGUGAACAAUUGGAAGGCACCAAAGAGUCUAAAGCAGUUGGAAACAUUGGAUAUUCAAAAAUGUUUGAAGUUGAAAUACAUAGUAGCAGAGACUACGGAUGA